AUGGCUGUGGACGUGAAGUCGCGAGCGAAGCGUUAUGAAAAACUGGACUUCCUCGGGGAGGGACAGUUUGCCACGGUUUACAAGGCCAGAGACAAGAACACCAACCAAAUUGUCGCCAUUAAGAAAAUCAAACUUGGACAUAGAUCAGAAGCUAAAGAUGGUAUAAAUAGAACAGCCUUAAGAGAGAUAAAAUUAUUACAGGAGCUAAGUCAUCCAAAUAUAAUUGGUCUCCUUGAUGCUUUUGGACAUAAAUCUAACAUUAGCCUUGUCUUUGAUUUUAUGGAAACUGAUCUAGAGGUUAUAAUAAAGGAUAACAGUCUUGUGCUAACACCUUCACAUAUCAAAGCCUAUAUGUUGAUGACUCUUCAAGGAUUAGAAUAUUUACAUCAACAUUGGAUUCUGCAUAGGGACCUAAAACCAAACAACUUGUUGCUAGAUGAAAACGGAGUUCUAAAACUGGCCGAUUUUGGCCUGGCCAAAUCAUUUGGGAGCCCCAGUAGAGCUUAUACACAUCAGGUUGUAACCAGGUGGUAUCGGGCCCCUGAGCUACUGUUCGGGGCUAGAAUGUAUGGUGUAGGCGUGGACAUGUGGGCCGUGGGCUGUAUAUUAGCAGAGUUGCUUCUAAGGGUUCCUUUUUUGCCAGGAGAUUCAGACCUUGAUCAACUAACAAGAAUAUUUGAAACUUUGGGCACACCAACUGAAGAGCAGUGGCCUGACAUGUGUAGUCUUCCAGAUUUCGUGACAUUUAAGAGUUUUCCUGGAAUUCCAUUACAACAUAUCUUCAUUGCAGCAGGAGAUGACUUGCUAGAUCUUAUACAAGGCUUAUUCUUAUUUAAUCCCUGUACUCGAAUCACAGCCACACAGGCGUUGAAAACUAAGUAUUUCAGUAAUCGGCCAGGGCCAACACCUGGAUGUCAGCUGCCAAGACCAAACUGUCCAGCAGAGGCUCUAAAGGAGCAGUCCAAUCCAGCCAUGGCAACAAAACGGAAGAGAACAGAGGCCUUGGAACAAGGAGGAUUACCCAAGAAGCUAAUUUUUUAG